UGCAAAGACGGCGAAAUAAUCUUAAGCACCCCAAAGAGAUUUCCCCCGGCCUACAAAAACAUGCAACGGCCCAAGGGGAACAACUGCUCCGCCGGUUCUCCAGCCUGUGCUGCAUGUAAAUACCAACGUAGGAAAUGCACCCGUAACUGUCUUUUGGCUCCUUUUUUUCCUGCCAAUCACCAAAAGGAUUUCCUUAAUGCCCACAAACUUUUCGGCGUUAGUAACAUCGUCAAAAUCAUUAGAAACCUCGACCCGCCACAGCGACUCAUUGCCAUGAAAUCAAUUGUUUUUGAAGCAAACACCAGGGCUAACGACCCUGUUGGUGGUUGCUAUGGGAUUAUUUCCGACUUGAAAAUGCAGAUUGAUUGGGUCAAGGCUGAGCGUGACCUCGUGCUCCACCAGCUUGCCAUUUGCAAAGCCCAGACUGCUGCUGCCAGUCAACAACAAUCAGGGCAGCAGCAAAUGGUUCAAGUUGGUGAUCAUGAGGCCAAUGCUCUUCAGUGCUUAGAGGGUUUGACUGUAUAUGAUGCCAUGCCGGUUCAUUGUCGAGAAGGAGAGGUUAACCUUGUUCAGGGUAACUAUGAUGAUGUAGGUGAAGAUAUUAAACCGCUUCUCCCGGUGUUUGAUGACAAGGGAGCCGGAUCGUUUCCUUUUGACUCCAAAGUAUCGAUUCAAUGCAGUGACAAACUUGUGUCAAAGGAAGAGGUUGGGUCAAUUCAACAUGAGCUGAAGCAUGAUCUCAAGUCUGCUGCUUCCCUGUUUACUCUCACAAAUGGCAAGAGAUAGAUGAGUUAGAAAAAUCCACAGCUAGCACUGUCUAAGUCUCUUUGUAGUCCUUACUUAGCCUUCCUUUUUUUUGGGUAUCUUUCUCUGUGGUGUAAAAAUGGUGACAGAGGAAAUAGUGCAAAAGGGGCAAAUCUUGUUCAGAGUACAGUCAAAGUUGUAUUUCUUGUUUCAUAUUAUCCAUACGAGGAAAAUAUUAUGUUUUUACACUGUUUCCCUAGUGCAAAAUAAA